CCACCAUCAUUUCUCACUCUCUCCAUCUCUUUCACUGUUUUGCAGAGAGAAAGGGGGAAAAAAGGGAUAUAUAGUAUUAAAAUAAUAAAUAAACUCCUCAAACCCAUUGAAGGUCGCCGAUCAACCAACCUAAAAUAUCUAUCUUUUCUUCUGGGUUGGGCGAGCUUUCUUUCUUUCUUUCACUUCUUUGUUCAUUUCUUCCUCCUUGCCCUUACUUCCGAUUCUCCGAGCCGCCGAUCUAGGAAGAUUCGAUCGGAGCGGGGUUUCCGCCGUGGAAUGUGAUCGUGGAGUCUCCGGCGAUUUGGGGAGCGGGAAAAAAAAACAGAUUGAGGCGGAGGAAGAGUUAUUAAGGCGAUGGAUCGGUCGACGGUGACGGUGGGUCCUGGGAUGGAUAUGCCGAUCAUGCACGACAGCGACCGGUACGAUUUCGUGAGGGAUAUCGGGUCGGGUAACUUCGGGGUAGCCCGGCUGAUGACGGAUAAGGUCAGCAAGGAGCUCGUUGCUGUGAAGUACAUCGAGCGAGGAGAUAAGAUUGAUGAGAAUGUUCAAAGAGAAAUCAUUAAUCAUAGGUCGCUGAGGCACCCCAACAUUGUGAGGUUCAAAGAGGUAAUCCUGACGCCUACUCAUCUGGCGAUCGUGAUGGAGUAUGCAUCAGGAGGGGAGCUGUUUGAGCGAAUAUGUAGUGCUGGGCGUUUUGGUGAGGAUGAGGCUCGGUUUUUCUUUCAGCAACUGAUCUCUGGUGUUAGCUAUUGCCAUGCUAUGCAAGUGUGUCACCGAGAUUUGAAGUUGGAGAACACAUUGUUAGAUGGAAGCCCUGCUCCAAGAUUAAAGAUUUGUGAUUUUGGCUACUCAAAGUCAUCGGUACUUCAUUCACAACCAAAGUCGACGGUGGGAACUCCUGCAUAUAUAGCUCCUGAAGUUUUACUGAGGCAAGAGUAUGAUGGGAAGAUUGCGGAUGUGUGGUCGUGUGGGGUGACCUUAUACGUGAUGCUGUUUGGAGGGUAUCCCUUCGAGGAUCCUGAAGAGCCCAAGGAUUUCAGGAAGACCAUACAGAGAAUCCUGAAUGUUCAGUAUAACAUUCCAGACACAGUUCAGAUUUCUCAAGAAUGUCGCGACCUCAUAGCAAAGAUUUUUGUUUUCGAUCCUGCUGCACGGAUCACCAUCCCGGACAUAAAGACCCACGAAUGGUUUCUGAAGAAUCUGCCUGCAGACCUUAUGGAUGAAAGGACAAUAGGGAGCCAGUUUGAGGAGGCGGACCAACCCCUCCAGAGCGUCGACACGAUCAUGCAGAUAAUCUCGGAGGCUACCAUACCGCCGGCUGGUUCCUUGGGUCUUAACCUAUACAUGGCCGACAACCUUGACCUGGACGACGACAUGGACUUAGACUCGGAGUCCGAGCUCGAUAUCGACAGCAGUGGGGAAAUCAUUUAUGCAUUAUAAAUCGAAACAGCACGUCCUCGCGAGGGAAACAGUUAUAGUAGAGGGUUGGGUUCUUUAGUGAUUAGGGGGGAACAGAACAGCAGAUAGGGGCAAGUUGCAGGUGUGUUGUUGAUUUUUAAGUUGGAAGAAUCAUAUGAUCCAGAGAGGCUCUUAUAUUAUUAUCCAGCUAGAGGAUUUGGGUUGUUGGAAUCACAACUACCUUCUGUAUCUUGCAGGUUUUCUCCUAUACAUGUGUUGUUGUUGUUGUUUUGUAUGCCUAUGCAACGAAUCUAUGUCUGAUAAUAACAUUUUAGAGGUGGUGUAAGUUUCCUUGUAUAAAGUUUAAUAUGGUAA